AGAAGAAAAAGCCACUGUUCGUCUGAGCAUCUUUAUCCGAGCUAAUCAUCACAAUAACAUCUUUCGGACAGUCGCUGUUUGUAUUUACCGAUAGAUGUGAUGUAGUUAAAAUAAAAGAACGUUACUGUGUCUAUUUCUGAGGAUAUAAAACCUCGUUCUGCUUUAAAACCCUGAGAGGUGUUAUAAUGAGAUCAGCAGGAAACAGACCCCGCUCCUCCAGGAAGUCUCGGGCUCCUGAUCCUGCUCCUUCACAGCUGUGUGAGGACGUGAAAACGGAGACUUCAGAUGGAGGAACAUCCGAAGUGUCAGAAGUCUGUGUGAAGAAAGAGGAGACGCUGGAGCUGAACAUCUACAACCAUGGAGACGAUUUCAACACCACACCUGAAGUUAUCUCCAUUAAAGAGGAAGAUCCUGACAAUAAAGACUCCCUCUACUGUGAGUUUUGCAAAUCCUUCUUCUUCAACAAGUGUGAGGUUCACGGACCGCCCCUCUUCAUCCCUGAUACUCCUGUUCCCAUGGGAGUCCCUGACCGAGCCAGACAAACUCUUCCUCCUGGACUAGAGAUUCGGAAGUCCGGUAUUCCUGAUGCAGGUCUGGGGGUGUUUAAUAAGGGGGAGACUGUUCCAGUAGGUGCACACUUCGGACCCUACCAGGGAGAGCUGGUAGACAGAGAGGAAGCCAUGAGCAGUGGAUACUCCUGGGUGAUGUACAGAAGCAGGCAGUGUAAAGAACACAUUGAUGCCAAGAGAGAGAUGGAUGAUAACUGGAUGGGGUUUGUGAAUUGUGCUCAUAAUGCAGAAGAGCAAAAUCUUGUUGCAUUUCCAUAUCAAGGGGGGAUUCUGUACCGUUGCUGUCGACCUAUUAACCCAGGACAGGAGCUCUUGGUGUGGUACAAAGAAGAGAACACUAAAGAUCUCAAUCCUACUUUUGACUACCUCUGGAACCAAAAAUCCUCAAAUGAAGUAAACAACACUCUGUUGGAAGUCUUUUCCUGCUCCGCAUGUCCUCUUACCUAUGCAUCACAAAUUGACCUCCACAAACACAUCCAGAGAUGCCACUACGAAGAUUAUACGAGACCGCAAGAAUCAGGAGAGAUUAAAAAUGACAUUGAGAUUCCCUCCAAAGGCUCCAGUAGUCAGUCAGCAUCAUCUACUUCUCUCGGUUCUGAUACUUCUCACAAUGAUGUACAGCAGGAAAUUCACCAAUGCUCAGAUUGUGGAAAGAGUUUUGGUCAUCAGAACGCCCUCAAAACCCACCAGCGGAUUCAUACAGGAGAGAAGCUGCAUCUCUGCUCACAGUGUGGAAAAGGUUUUACUCAACAGAGUACUCUCCGAAAACAUCAGCGUAUUCACACAGGAGAGAGGCCUUUUCACUGCUCACAGUGUGGAAAAAGUUUUAGUCGAAAGGGUACUCUUCAACUCCACCAGCGCAUUCACACAGGUGAGAAGCCAUAUCACUGCUCACUAUGCGGAAAGAGUUUUACUCAUCAGAGCACUCUACAACAACAUCAGCGCAUUCACACAGGAGAGAAGCCAUAUCACUGCUCACAGUGUGGAAAGAGUUUUUCUCAGCAGUGUACUCUCCGAAAACACCAGCGCGCUCACACAGGAGAGAAGCCAUAUCACUGCUCACAAUGUGGAAAAAGUUUUACUCGAAAGGAUGAUCUUCAGCUCCACCAGCGCGUUCACACAGGAGAGAAGCCGUAUUACUGCUCACAGUGUGGAAAGAAUUUUACUCAACUGGGUAACUUUCAAACACACCAGCGCAUUCACACUGGAGAGAAGCCGUAUCUUUGCUCACAGUGCGGAAAGACAUUUGCUUAUUCAGUUACUUUUAAGACCCACAAGUGCACUUACUCUGAGACAUUUCAUGAUUUAAAGUUGUCAAAUUAAAUCGAAUCUUUUUAUUCGCCAAAUAUAGUUACAUGUAUUAGGAAGUGUUCCUGGUGUUUGGUCACAACACGUACAUUCAACACACAUCUCAGAUAUUACACCAUAAGCAGCAACUGCAGGCUCAGUUGUAAUUUACAUUACAGUGGAGGUAGAAAUAGCAGCUGGAUGCAGUUCAUGGUGCAUUAAAAGUUGUUGGAACAAGUGUGAGAUAUAUAAAAAUAAUUAUAAAUAAAUAAAUAAUAGCAAUCAUAAAUAAUCGUGACAAAGAAUUUAUUAAUUUAAUAAGUAAUCAGGUAGCAGAAUCGCUUUCCUGAUGGUUGUUUUUUAAAUUGGUAAUUAGCAGGGUCUGAGGUGUCACUGAUGAGUUUUCCUGCUUGCCUCUUUAUCCUGCUGAUGUAUUGAAGUCUUCAAGUAGUGACAGACUGCAGCCCAUGAUUUUCUCAGCAGGCUUGAAGUGCGUUGCAGCUUCCUUUUUUCUUUGGAGGAGGCUGUACCAAACCAGACUGUGAAGGCAGACAUAAUGCUUUCUAUAGUACUAGUAUAGAAUUGUACCAGUAUAGCCUGGGGUAGAUGGAUCUUUGCCAACUGCCAUGAGAAAUGCAUCCUUUGCUGAGGUUACUUGUUGAUGGAUGAGGUUGUUCUGACUACACCAGGAGGCUAGUUGUUGAACCUCCUGGUGCUACUUUGAUUAAUCAUCGUUGGUGAAGAAACCAAUCACAGUAAUGUCAUCUGCAAAUUUGAUCAACUUCACAGAUGCAUCUCUGUAAUGCAUCUGUGUAUGACCAGGGUUCAGAAAUUUUCUGACUGAUUCUCAUAAACUGCUUCCUGUUGGAAUGGAAGUUUAUAAUCCAUGUACAGAUGAAACCAGGUACUUGCAAAGUGAUUAUUUUCUUGUGUAGGAGCUCAGGGAUGCUGGUAUUGAAGGCCAAGCAGAAAUCUACAAAGAGGAUCAUAGCAUAUGUGUUUGGAGAGUCUUGGCGCUUUAAUAUGAAAUGUUAAAAAUAUUUUCUUAUUUUUCCCCUUAUUUUCCAAGAUUAUGUGUGAUCAAAUGUGGUUUAAUCAUGAUUGAUCCAUCCUAUAUGAUUUCUGAUCACAUAAAAGCAUAUGUAUCUGUACAUAAAUGCAUACGUGUCUCUUUUAUGUAUCUGUCCUUGCUCUUCGUUUAUGAUUGCUCAAGUUAUAUCUGUUCUGUAUCUUGUUCUGGUCUCUUCUCACACACACUCCAGUACCUAAGCUAGUUGAGAAUGUCUGAUAUUUAGGCUGUGGAGGGCCCAGGAUGUCUGCGCACAUAAUAAACCAUCUCUUUGACUUUA